AGUGCUGCUCCAAAAUUUUAAUAAAAUAACCAUUUUAUCGAAAAACUACCCUGUAAAAGAGGGUUUAAUAUAAAUAAACAAAAGCUUUAUCUUUAAAUGUGAUAACUUUAUCCUGCAAAUUUUCUUUUUUUACAUCUGAACUAUUUUUGAAGUAAUUUGCAUAGGUGAAAUGUAAUUUGUAGGUUAGGUUGGGGUUCCGAGAUUAAUUCCAAAUAGGGUUCCGGAUGCUGGAAUAUGUCUCUUCUCUUAUAGUGUGGGCGUCAAAUGUCGAGUGAGAAAGUAGGAAAUCAUUGAAUAAAUGAUAAUGGGAAGAUAAGACCGAUAAAGGCAAGGAUAGUUCGGGAAACUUAGUAACAUAACCUCCCCUCAAAAUGUACAAAACGCUCAUUUUCAUUAUACUGAUAUCGUUUUCCCUCGUCUUGGGUGAAGAUUAUUAUAAACUCUUAGGAUUGGAAAGAACAGCUGAUCAGCGAGAAAUUAGGAAAGCUUUUAAGAAACUCGCUGUUACUCAGCAUCCAGAUAAAAACACGGAUGAUCCUCAAGCUCACGACAAAUUCGUGAAACUUACAUCUGCUUACGAAGUUUUAAAAGAUCCAGAUUUAAGGAAAAAAUAUGAUCUUUAUGGAGAAGAAGGACUCGAUGGCAGUAAUAAACGCAAUCAGUAUCAUUCUUGGACUUACUAUCAGAACAACUUUGGAAUUUAUGACGAUGAUCCUCAAAUCGUGACUCUUAAUAGCAAUGAUUACUUCGAAAAUGUAUUCGAAUCAGAAAAAAUGUGGCUCAUAAAUUUUUAUUCGCCAAUGUGUAGUCACUGUCAUCAUUUGGCGCCAGUUUGGCGAAAAGUUGCUAAGGAAUUGGAAGGUGUGAUUCGUGUCGGGGCUGUAAAUUGUGAGGAUGAUUGGCAUAUUUGUAGUCAAAUUGGAAUCCAAUCAUAUCCAACUUUGAUGCAUUAUCCAAAGAAUUCGAAGCAUGGUGUCCGGUAUAGCGGAGAAAAAACACACGAAGCGAUUCUACAAUUCGUUUUAGAGAGACUAGAUGCAAAAAUCGACAAAAUUAAUAAAAAAGUAUGGAAUCAUUUAUUAAAGGGCGUCCAAUCAACAGAAAAACCGACCUUGGUUUUCAUUUGUGGAAGUAAUCGUUACUGUUUUACAUCCGACGAGCGACUCAAAGUCGCAGAAAUAUUUGAUAAGAUGAUAAACAUAAAUAUUUUUACGUGUGACAAGAAGUGCGAUGAUAAAAUUUCUGAAGACGCUGGAGUCGUUUAUUUCCCUCCAGGAAACGAAAAUGCUUGGAAAUCAAUUUCCUUGGAGGAUGCGUCAGAUGUUGACGAGUUAGUUAAAAAAAUUCUCGAACAGCUGCCCGAACCGCAAGACAUUAGCGAUUCUGAUUUCGAAAAAAUUAAAAAGGGUCUCGAGUCUCGGGAAGAAGACGGUUGGCUGAUUUGUUUUUAUGUCGGUCACGCGACUGAAUUAGACGUUCAAUUAAAAAAAUUACCGAGUAUGGUUCGAGACAUGAAUUUAGGUAAAAUAAAUUGUGGGAGGUAUGCAAAGCUUUGCAGCAAUUUGAACGUGAAUCGGUAUCCAGCCUGGGGAGUUUUGAAACCAGGUGGAGCUUUUGAAUUAAGUCAUGGGAAAAAUACGAUCAACGAUAUCGCGAGAUUCGCUAAAAACAGCAUUAAGGCCACAAAUGUCUGGGCGCUUUCCGCUGAUAAAAUUCUCUCAAUUCUCCAACGGAAAAAUGGAAAUGAAGCCUGGUUUGUUGAUUGGUACGCGCCCUGGUGUCCGCCUUGUAUUCAAUUUUUGCCGGAAGUACGGAAAGCUUCUCUGGAAUUUGACUCAGUAUCUGUUCAUUUUGGAACAGUGGAUUGUACUGUUCAUUCGAAUAUCUGUCGACAGUAUAAUAUACGAUCUUAUCCAACUGCGAUGCUCAUCAACGGGACGAAUACGUACCAAUUUACGGUGCAGAAAACGGCUUCAAAUAUUGUGCAAUUCAUCAAUGAAGCAAUGCAUCCUUCUGUGAUACAAAUUACUGGCAAGACUUUCAACCAAAGACUGGUGAAAAAGAAAACGAAACUACUUUGGGUCGUGGAUUAUUUUGCGCCCUGGUGCGGACCUUGUCAACAAUUAGCUCCCGAAUGGACCGCAGUUGCAAAAGCUUUGCGACCUUUGACGUUUGUAAAAAUUGCAAAUGUCGAUUGUGAAGCUGAAUCGGCCCUUUGCAGAUCUCAAGGAAUUCAAAGUUAUCCGACUAUUAGGCUUUAUCCUUCGGGAAGCGAAGGACUCAGCACUGUCGCAUUAUAUAAUGGGCAGAGGGAUUUCUUUUCGAUGCUUCUCUGGAUUACAGGAUUUUUCCCAGUGAAAGUAAAAGAUUUGAGUUCCAGCUCUUUCCAAAACGAGGUUGUAAAAGGAAAAGAAGCCUGGUUGGUAGAUUUCUACGCACCCUGGUGUGGCCACUGUCAAAAACUAGAACCUCAUUACAACAUUGCUGCCCAGCUUCUUGAAGGUAAAAUUCGGCUAGGGCGGCUCAACUGCGAAAUUUACAGACAGCAGUGUCAACAAGUAGGAGUUCGCGCAUAUCCAACUCUUAUGGUUUACGGUGCAAAAUCUAGCCGUAAAAAUUCGAUUGAAGGUUAUAGAAUAGAUGGCGAAAAAGCCGAAGAAAUCCAGCGCAACGUUUUGAAAAUUUUGAAUAUUAAAAACAACGCAAAUCACGACGAGCUGUAGCGAUUAGUUCAUUUAGGUGCUUUGUGAUUCAAAUUUUAAAAGGGCAGUGCGACCAUUUUUAUAGAAAAUAUCUCUUCGAAUCUCACAAGUUAGAUAUUAUUUCUUUUUUUUACCUCAAUUUUUCUCAGUUCGUCUUAUUUAUUUUAAACUCAAGAUGGACCAAUUUAAUUAAUUUUUUUCGACACUUGUGAUACGUGUUUGAUACUCAAAAAGUUGAUAUUAAUUUUGGAAAAAUGAAGACUCUAUUUCUUUUUUUUUUUUGACUGGCAAGUGCAAUCCUGAGAUUUUAUUUUUUAUAUCGUGUGUAAUCCAGUGAAAAUGGACGAUAUUUAAAGGGAGACAUAAGUGAGUUUUUAAAACCGUUUGUAUCUUUUAAUUUAAGGGGGGAAAUAAUUUUUAAUAGAAAAACAAAUUUUCGAGUAACUACUUACUUUUUAACUUUAUUUGCUUUUAGCGGUUUAUAAAUAUUCUCAAUGGAAAAUUUAAUAACUUCGGUAUUUCAUUUGAAAAAAAUUCUGAGAAACACAAAUUUUA